CUGACCAACUCACGCUGCGGUCUGCAGUUCAGCAUCAUUGGGCCGCUGACAUAAAUAUGGAAGGGUUUACCCUAGCAAAGCAGCUAUUCAUUUGCCAGUUUCCCAGAGUAAUGUGGGCCAUGGAAGCAGGCCAUCUCAUCUGGGCUCUGUUGUUGAUGCAACCUUUGUGGCCCCAUCUGACUGAAGGGGCCACUCGAGUCUACUACUUGGGCAUCCAGGACGUGCAGUGGAACUAUGCUCCCAAGGGAAGGAACGUCAUCAUGAACCAGACUCUGGACAAUGACACAGUAGCUUCCAGCUUCCUAAAAUCUGACAAGAACCGGAUAGGGAGCAGUUACAAGAAAACCAUUUAUAAGGAAUACAGAGAUGGUUCAUACAUGGAUGAGAUGGUCCAGCCUGCUUGGUUGGGCUUCUUGGGGCCAGUGUUGCAGGCUGAAGUGGGAGAUGUCAUCCUUAUCCACCUGAAGAAUUUUGCCACUCGUCCCUACACCAUACACCCCCAUGGCGUUUUCUAUGAAAAGGACUCAGAAGGCUCCUUAUAUCCAGAUGGCUCCUCUGGUCAGCUAAAAGCUGAUGAUUCUGUUCCUCCGGGAGGCAGCCACAUUUACAACUGGACCAUUCCAGAAGGCCAUGCACCCACUGAUGCUGACCCAGCAUGCCUCACCUGGAUCUACCAUUCUCAUGUAGAUGCUCCACGAGACAUUGCAACUGGCCUCAUUGGACCCCUUAUCACGUGUAAAAGAGGUACCCUGGAUGGGAAUUCCCCUCCUCAGCGGAAGGAUGUGGAUAAUAAUUUCUUCCUGCUCUUCAGUGUGGUAGAUGAGAACCUUAGCUGGCAUAUCGAUGAGAACAUUGUCACUUACUGCUCAGAUCCUACCUCAGUAGACAAAGAAGAUGAGGCCUUUCAGGAAAGCAAUAGGAUGCAUGCAAUCAAUGGCUUUGUCUUUGGGAACUUACCAGAUCUAAGCAUGUGUGCACAGAAGCGUGUGGCCUGGCACUUAUUUGGCAUGGGCAAUGAAGUAGAUGUCCACACAGCUUUCUUCCAUGGACAGAUACUGACCAUCCGGGGCCACCGCACUGAUGUGGCUCACAUCUUUCCAGCCACCUUUGUGACUGCUGAGAUGGUACCUCAGGAACCUGGCACCUGGUUGAUUAGCUGUCAAGUGAAUAGUCACUUGCGAGAUGGCAUGCAAGCACUCUACAAGGUCAAGUCUUGCUCCAUGACCCCUCCUAUGAACCAACUCACAGGCAAAGUUCGGCAGUACUUCAUUGAGGCGCAUGAGAUUCGAUGGGACUACGGCCCGAUGGGGCAUGAUGGGAGUACUGGGAAGAAUUUGAGGGAACCAGGCAGUGGCUCAGAUAAAUUCUUCCAGAAGAGUUCCAGUCGGAUUGGGGGCACUUAUUGGAAAGUCCGAUAUGAAGCUUUCCAAGAUGAGACGUUCCAGGAAAAGGUGCAGCUGGAGGAAAAUAAGCAUCUUGGAAUUCUGGGGCCAGUGAUCCGGGCUGAGGUGGGUGACACCAUCCAGGUGGUCUUUUACAACCGUGCUUCCCAGCCAUUCAGUAUACAGCCUCAUGGAGUCUUCUAUGAGAAAGACUACGAGGGAACUGUGUACAAUGAUGGGAUAUUUGAAAUUUACUGCCAGGCAGGCAGCCAUAGAGAAUCAGGGAUGAAAGCAGUCUAUAAUGUCUCCCAGUGUCCUGGCCAUCAAGCUAAUGAUCACCAACGAUACCAGGCUGCAAGGAUCUACUACAUCAUGGCAGAAGAGGUGGAGUGGGACUAUUGCCCUGACAGGAGCUGGGAACUGGAAUGGCACAACCAGUCUGAGAAGGACAGUUAUGGUCACAUCUUCCUGAGCAACCAGAAUGGGCUCCUGGGUUCCAGAUACAAGAAAGCUGUAUUCAGAGAAUACAUUGAUGGUACAUUCAAGAUCCCUCGGCCAAGGACUGGACCAGAGGAACACUUGGGAAUAUUAGGUCCACUUCUCAGAGGAGAGGUUGGUGAUAUCCUAACUGUGGUGUUCAAGAAUAAUGCCAGCCGCCCCUACUCUGUGCAUGCCCAUGGAGUGCUAGAAUCAAGCACUGGUUGGCCACUGGCUGCUGCACCUGGUGAGGUUCUCACUUACCAAUGGAACAUCCCAGAAAGAUCUGGCCCAGGGCCCAAUGAUUCUGCUUGUGUUUCCUGGAUCUAUUAUUCUGCAGUGGAUCCCAUCAAGGACAUGUAUAGUGGCCUGAUUGGACCCUUGACCAUCUGCCGAAAGGGCACCCUGGAGCCCUAUGGAGGACGUAAUGACAUGGACCGAGAAUUUGCCUUGUUAUUCUUGAUCUUUGAUGAGAACCAGUCUUGGUAUCUGGAGGAGAAUGUAGCAGCCCAUGGGCCCCAGGAGCCAGGCCAUGUUAACCUACAGGAUGAGACUUUUCUGGAGAGCAAUAAAAUGCAUGCCAUUAAUGGAAAGCUCUACAGCAACCUCGGGGGUCUUACCAUGUACCAAGGAGAACGAGUGGCCUGGUACAUGCUGGGCAUGGGUCAAGAUAUUGACCUCCACACUGUCCACUUCCAUGCAGAGAGCUUCCUAUAUCGGAAUGGAGAGAGCUACCGGGCAGAUGUGGUGGAUCUGUUCCCAGGAACCUUUGAGGUUGUGGAGAUGGUAGCCAGCAACCCUGGGACAUGGUUGAUGCACUGCCAUGUUUCUGAUCAUGUCCAUGCUGGUAUGGAGACCCUCUUUACUGUUUUAUCCCAAAGAGAACACGUAAGCACUAUCACCACCAUCACCAAAGAGAUUGGAAAGGCAACAAUCCUCAGAGACAUUGGAGAAGGAAAUGUGAGGAUGCUGGGCUUGCAGAUCCCUGUGAAGAAUAUUGAGAUGCUGGCUUCUGUUUUAAUUGCUAUGAGUAUCAUUCUCCUGCUCAUUGCUCUGGCUCUUAGUGGUGUGGUCUGGUACCAGCAUCGGCAGAGAAAGCUACGACGCAACAGGAGGUCCAUCCUGGAUGACAGCUUCAAGCUUCUGUCCCUCAAGCAGUAACAGCUGAAUCCUGCAACUGCACGUCUUGAAUGCAGUCCCAGAAGGCCAUGCUCCAGUAACUGACCCCACUGUCAAAGGCACAUGGAUGGUAGAGGGGCAGAGGAGGAAUCAGACUCAUCUGAGCAUUUCUUCACUUAUUUAUUUACAUGGAAAUUAUGUACUUUCUUUCUCUUU